UCGAGCGUCAACGUGAAAAGAUACUUUUAGUCUAUGGUUAAAGGAAUUUAACCUCAAAAAAUAAGAAACACAGUUGAUAUAUAAUUAAUAAAAGAAUAUUCACGAUGCAUGGUCGAGUAAAAGUGCGUACUACAGCAGAACAAGAGAAAAUAAAGAAAAAAGAAAAAGCAGCUAAAGUUGCCCAAUAUAAGGCUGACAUUGUCACAGUAUUUCAAAAGAGGAAAGAUAAAAUAUGGGAUAAUGAAUUAUUAUUAAUUACUAAGCAUAUGCUGCUUAAUAAUCCAGAUAUUUACACAUUAUGGAAUAUUCGUCGUGAAGCUUUUGAAAAUAAUAAAUGGAAUGAAGAAGAUUAUAAACAAUUGCUUGAAACUGAAAUGAGCUUGACAGAAAGUUGUCUAAGAGAAAAUCCUAAAUCCUAUAGUGUAUGGCAUCAAAGAUGUUGGGUAAUGAAACAGAUGCCUGAAUCUGAUUGGAAGAAAGAGUUGUCACUGUGUGCAAAAUGUCUAAAUCUAGAUGAAAGAAAUUUUCACUGCUGGGACUAUAGAGAAUUUGUUGUACAAAAAGCUAGAAUCUCUAAUGAGGAAGAAUUUGAGUUUUCCACUAAAAAAAUAUUAAAUAACUUUUCAAAUUAUUCUUCCUGGCAUUAUAGAAGUCGUAUAUUAUCCAAAAUGUUUGGCACUCCAUCAGAAGAGAUACCAAUUAUAGAUGAAAAGUAUAGAGAAGAGCUUGAUCUUGUCAUGAAUGCAACAUUUACUGAUCCCAACGACACUAGCGCAUGGUUUUAUCAAAGAUGGCUUUUAGAUAAGUGUAUAAUGAAUUGUAAAUUGUGGCGUGCUCAUAUCAACAAGGAUACAGCUACAAUUGUUAUUGAUAACAAUAUAUUGAUUAAACCAGUUUCAAUAUCUUUAUUUGUGAAUAAUGAAGCUGUUGAUGUAGAAUGGAAAUUAUAUCCAGAUGAGAAGUUUGCCAAAUUACGAAUUGGAAAAUUUAUCAGCCCAUUGGAAAACUUAAAUCAUGAUAAAGAAGUUUUUAUAAAGCUGCAAGAAACAAUGUAUCAACUUUCGUAUUCAAAUUUAGAAAAUGUAUGGUUUUAUAAAGAUGAUCUAAACUUGCCUAAACAAAGUAACAAUGAUGAACAAUUAAAUGAACAAUUAAAGAGCUAUAACCAGCUUUCCAAAAUGGAACCAAAUAAUAAGUGGGCCCUAUUAACUGGUAUAUUAUUAAUGAAGAAGAUUGAUUUUGAAAAAUUUUAUACCAAGAUAUUAAAUAACUUGACCGCACUGUCAAAAAUUGAUUGUCUUCGUAAAAAUUAUUACAAAGAUUUACGAAGCAAAUUUUUAGUGGAAUAUAAAUUGGUUGAAAUAUGGAAAGAAGAAAGUAAUUUGGAAAUGCAAUCAAGGAUUGAUUUAUCAGGAUUAGACUUAACAAAAUUGCACAAUAAUCACUACUUUUCCUUCUUUGAAGAAAUAAACCUUGGUGCAAACCAAUUAGGAAAUUCUUUGCAUCAACUUUCUACGUUACAACGAUGCACGAAGUUGUCAUUAUCUAGCAAUAACUUAACAUCAUUAAAACGUUUUCCUACUCUAAAUAACCUUGAAGUUCUCUCUUUGAGAAAUAAUAAGUUAGUGAGCACAGAAGAGAUAUUAAACUCAAUAAAACGGCAUAAAAACUUGAAGAAGUUAGAUUUACGAGAUAAUCUAAUAUGUGAUGAAAUUGAUGUAAUUAAAAUUCAAGACAUAAACCCUCACUUGGAAAUAUAUCUGAAAUAACAUCGAAAAACAUACAUUUAAUAUGUAAUGUAUCAAAAUAUAUUUAAUAAUUUUUUAUUCAAUUUAUAUUGAAUAUUAUUUGUACUAUUUUUAUCAUAAGAAUAUUAGAUCAAAUAAGUAUCAAGUGAAAGAUUUUAUCACAGAAAAAUUGUCAGCUGACACACAUCACCUCUUGUUGCAUAUUUAAGAGAUCUUUAUGAUUCUACAGGAAAAUAACUAUUAACAUAACAUUAAGUUUUGUUUAAUUUUCUUGGUUAUAUGUAAUAUCACACGUUAUUUUGUUCCAUGUGUAUAAUAAAAUUACAUGCAAACACCUACAGACAAAUUAAUAAAAUUGUUGAUCAAAGACUGAUUA